AUGUUAAAAACUUCCCUGGAUAAAAAGCAUUUAAUUAAAAUUGAUCUUCCAUGCGAUAUUUCAUUCGUCCAUGCAAAAAUUAAGAUGCAACUUAAAACACAAGUUAAAGUAUUAAAAUCUACGUCUGAACAGUUAUUUUCAGAACCUGUAACGAGUCUUUCAGGAAGUAUUCUUGAAGAACUUCCCAAACAAAAAUCAAUAAAAAAAACCAUCCAAAAUCAACGAAAUCAGAGUUUUCCAAAAGUAGCUGAUAAUCUAAAAGAUUUGAAAAUAGAAGGUAUGUUAUUCACUUUUAAUCAAAUUAAAAAUAAAGAAAAACAUGAUGAAUUUUUAAGCAAACCCAAUUUUUGA